AAGAAAAAAAUGUUUUAAAAAUGGAAACCUCAGCCUAUCAGAAGAACUUGGAGUAAAGUUUCAUAAGGAUGAAGGAAACUCACAACCCUUUCCUGACCAUCUGAGCUUCAGAAAAUGUCCAGAGAGGCAUGACACCCUGCAGGUGCUUGCGGAGACCUGCUGUCCUGCACAGCCUGCCUGGCCUAUUCUCUGCUCCUUCCAAAGGAGACGCCACUUACUCAGGGAACUCUGGUUGGGAUUUGGGAUUUCAAACAAAGAUUAGUGUGUUUUCAGCCCCACAGGAUGGAGUGUUUAAGGGAUUAAGCCUGAGGAAUUUGAUUUCUGCACACUCCUCCUCUCCAUCCCUGACCACAGCAGGAUAUACUUGGCUUCUCACAGUGUGGCACAGUUGAAUGAAAAAUAGACAGCAAUCAGGCUGUUCCCAGAUGUUCCUGCCUCUCUGUGCUGUGGGAUCCAGUUUCUGGCAUUCCUCCAGGUUGCAGGCAUAAAGGAAGAGGAGCACAGCUACCCAGUGAGAAGCAUUUGGGAUCCACAGUUGUGAAGCUGAGGCAGGAAAAGUCUGACAGGUCAGGAAAGAAAUCUAAACUGAAAAAUUCUGUUUUAUUCAGCAUCUACCAGCCUGUAAAUGCAUGCAGAAUUCAGAAAGGCAAAGGGGAUCUUUGCUUAAGGCCUGGGAGUGUGAGGGCAAUGAGAAAAGUUGAUUUGGAAAAGUGUACAAAACCAAGCACCCACUCACAGCAGAAGUUAUUUCUUUUAUUUUGUCUGCCUCUGAGCGCAGAGGCAGAAGUCAUGUGAGCUUCUGAGCUGCAGGGACAGAGGCAGAGGAGAACGCGUGCAUCAGAGCAGCGUGCUGCUGGAGCCCUGACGGAGAGAGGGAAGCAGAGAGAGCCUGGGAGGGAAAAGGUAAAGUGGUAGGAGCUGGAACAGCAGCAGCUGCUGCUACUAUGCCAUAGCUCAUGCUCAGGAGUCAGCUCUGCUGCUAGCAUGCAUCUCUGAGGGCUCAGGUGCCUCGGGUUCAAAAGUCCUAGAAGAUCUGUGAUACUCCCAGGAGCCAAGUGGAUGCUUUUUUUUCCCUGUUAAUAUCUGCCUGAGGACUCUGCUCCUUCUCCUGGAUUGAGAGCAUUCUUUCUCCUGCAGCCUCCUCCCAGUCUCUCUCUUGUCUGUGGGAGCCGUGGUCUCUAUGGAUGCCCCUGUACAGAUUUUCCGGGAGGAGCUGGACUCCACCUGCAUGCCGGGGCCCUGUCGCCCUCCCAGCACCAGCAGCAGCUGGCCCCUGGGCUGGGCAGACUAUGACAGCAAUGCCACUGGGACCUUUGGGGACACCCAGCACAACUACACCAGCAUCUCCCCCUCCAUUCCCAUCAUCAUCACCGCUGUCUACUCGGUGGUCUUCGUUGUUGGCUUGGUGGGAAACUCUCUGGUGAUGUUUGUCAUCAUAAGUACAGUGCUGAUUUGCCAGUCCAAGCAAUGGAAGAAAAUUCAAACUUAUCCAGAACCCUGCAAGUCAGCAUGGAUGGAUCAUAUUGAUUUAUAUACAAAGAUGAAGACAGCAACCAACAUCUACAUUUUCAAUCUGGCUAUGGCAGAUGCACUAGUUACCACGACUAUGCCUUUCCAAAGCACAGAGUACCUGAUGAACUCUUGGCCAUUUGGGGAUGUGCUGUGUAAAAUAGUUAUUUCGAUCGACUAUUAUAACAUGUUUACCAGCAUAUUCACACUGACCAUGAUGAGCGUUGAUCGAUACAUUGCUGUAUGUCACCCUGUGAAGGCUCUGGACUUCCGUACUCCUCUCAAGGCAAAGAUAAUCAACAUCUGUAUCUGGCUGUUGUCCUCAUCUGUUGGCAUAUCUGCCAUAGUUCUCGGAGGUACCAAAGUCAGGGAAGAUACUGCUAGCACUGAAUGCUCCUUGCAGUUCCCAGACAGAGACUAUGUGUGGUGGGACAUCUUCAUGAAAAUCUGUGUCUUUGUCUUUGCAUUUGUUAUUCCAGUGCUCAUUAUAAUUGUUUGCUAUACUCUGAUGAUCCUGCGCCUUAAAAGCGUACGACUUCUCUCAGGGUCUCGAGAAAAAGAUCGAAACCUGCGCCGCAUCACCAGGUUGGUUCUUGUGGUUGUGGCAGUUUUUAUUAUCUGUUGGACUCCUAUUCACAUUUUUGUGCUGGUUGAAGCAUUGGGGGAUGUGUCCCACAGUACUGCUGCUGUAUCCAGCUAUUAUUUCUGUAUUGCUUUGGGGUACACCAACAGCAGCCUCAAUCCUAUCCUUUAUGCCUUUUUGGAUGAAAACUUCAAGAGAUGUUUCAAAGACUUCUGCUUCCCCUUUAAGAUGAGGAUGGACAGGCAGAGUACCAGCAGAGUUCGAAACACCGUGCAAGACCCAGCUUAUAGGAGGGAAGCAGAUGGGACAAACAAACCUGUAUGACUAGUCGUGGAAAUGUCGUCUUACUGUCCGCAAGAGAGAGAAGAGUCCAAUGAUCUUGGACUGACGCAGGUUACCACUGCAGUUUGAACUAGACUCACACAGACAUUUCUGGAACAUUUAAGAAGUCCUAGUGGGUUGAACCAAGCCAAUUACUAACACACAAAGACAUUCGGAAAAUAAGUUCAAGUGUAGAGGACCUGAUUAGUGGUCAGAUUUUGGCACCAUAAUUACGGUAGUUGACCAGGUGCUACUACACAUUUCUUGGGAAAGAGGAGAAACUUAUUAUUGUGUUAGGUAAAGAAAGUUCUGGGUUUUCUCUUUACACUGUAAGAUUAUCUUAACUGACAUUAAAUUAUAACAGUAAGUUAUGCCAAAAGCAUAGAUUUACUCAAAUAUUGAUUGCUUCUGAAGUAUACAGGUUGACAACAUGAUUUGUCAUAUUCUUUUAAAGUGAAAAGUGUUAUUUAUAUUUCAGCAGAACACUACCGCAUUCCCCUCAACUAAUGUAUUUGUAACAUUUGUCUGUUCUGUGAAAAUGCAGCUUUAGCAUGAACUGCCUACGUAUCAAAAUGACUUUAUUAUGUCUGUGUAUGGUAAAGCAUUGCAGUGUUUAAAAAUACUGGGACUUAAGGAAAAUUGUUAGUAUAUCUUUUGCACGUGAUUAAUCACCUGUAUGUAAUGUUUUCUGUGCGGUUUUCCAAGAUGUUUGUAUACAUCUGGAUAAUAUAAUAUUCAUUUUCAGAGUGUAUUUUCAUCAAGAGACUAGAAAGCUUCACAUUCAUAACUUGUUAAAAGUCUGAUGGAAAACUGUGCCACAUUCUUUAUAUGGGAAUAAAUAGUUCAAUUUCAUUUUCAGUAAAUGGAACAUACAUAAAAAUAGAGCUGUUCUCAUUUUCCUGAAGAAAUUAGCAGAUUCAAAAUAAAUAUUCAAACAGCUGUUGAUAGAAACUAGUGAAUUAGUAAAUAGAUUAACUAGACUGAUACAAAGGAGAUGAAGACUAAAUAUAUUGUCUGGUUUCUUAUAGAGUAAUAGAAUCAUUUGAGUUUGAAAGCUCCCUUACAGGUCAUCUAGUCCAACUCCCCUGCAGUGAACGGGAGCAUCUACAGCAAGAACAGGUUGCUCAAAGCCCUGUCCAGCCUGACCUUGAGUGUCUCCAGACAUGGGUGCAUUCACAUCUCUGGGGCAACCUGUUCCAGUGCCUCACUAUUCUUACUGUGACAAACUUCUUUUUAGAUAGCCAAUCUAAAUCUCCCUCUAUUAGUUUGAAACCAUUUCUCCUCAUCUUGUCCUAUCACAACAGACCCUGCUAAAGAGUCAGUCCCAUUCCUUCUUACAGCUCCCCUUUAGAUACUGAAAGGCCACUACCAGGUCUCCUCAGAGCCUUGUCUUCUCCAGGUUGAACAGCCCCAGCUCUCUCAGUCUGUCCUCAUAGGAGAGGUGUUCCAUCCCUUGGGUCAUUUGUGUGGCCCUCUUCUGGAUGCACUCCAACAGGUCAAUGCCUUUCCUGUACUGAGGACUCUACAUCUGGAUGCAGCAUUCCAAGUGAGGUCUCAUGAGCACAGAUCAGAGGGGCAGAAACACCUCCCUCACCCUGUUGGCCAUGCUUCUUUUGAUGCAGACCAUGCUUCUUUUGAUGGUUCUCUUUUUUUAAAUUUUUUGAUAAUUACAUAUUUUCUUUGAUGCAGUCCUAUGAAGCAUUUGUUUUCCUAUGAAGAUGGAGAAACUAAAGCACAACAACACUAAUUAUCAACCUGCUGAGGAUAAUCUGAGGUAAAACUGAACCUAAACUUCAACUUGUAGUUUUUCAUCUUGGCCACCAGAUAUCUUUCUGGUACCUUUAGUCCUUAUGCAAAAUCAUGUUCGGUGUGGGUAUCCUCACUGCAUAGCAAAUUUUCUGAGAAACACAGACUGAUUUGGUCCUACUGGAGCAACCAACAAAAAAUCCUUUAUGCACACAGGUAUAAAUAAUGAAAUUUGUUCUUGUAGCUGACAGUAUAGUGGAAAUUUAAUCCUCUGGAUAACUUCAUCAUCUUUUACUAUUAAUUCAGUCACAUAUGUAACAUAUUUUUGUUAUCAAGCAGAUAAGUGUAGUGCUUCUACAUUGUCAGACCAGUGCUGAACAAUCACUGGCGUCUACUCCCAUGCUUUUGCUCUGGGAAGCAGAGGCUUGAAAUUCUGGCUCUGGAGUUUAAGUACUUGGGAACUAACUGCACUCAUGCAAUUAUCUUUGUUAACAAAAAUAGUGAAGAUAAUUAUUUUUUGACAAGUCUAGCACUUCCUGACAGUGUAUGCAUAAUAAGUGAAUAGCUGACCUCAGGAUACUUGAUUUGCCCAAGGAAAUGAAUGAUGCUCAGAAAUCUGAUUGUAUAACUCUAUCUUCCUACUCUAUCUCCAUCUUUUUUUUUUUUUUUUUAAUUUAAUUUAAUUUUUUUGUAUUUU